AUGACCCAAGACUUAAAUCUGAGUGCCCUGAAGGAGCUGGAGCAGGAGGCCAUUCUCCAGGUCCUGUACCGGGACCAGGAGGUCCAGAUCAUGGAGGAGGAGAGGAUAAGGAGACUGAAGUCGAGCCUGCAGCACCUCCGGUGGAAAGGGGCCAAGAGCCCGAGCGCUGAGCCCCGGGAGCAGUCCUGCGCCCGCUGCCAGAGGCCGCUCGGGGUCCUGCUGAACCGGGGUGCCGUGUGCCGGGGCUGCAGCCACCGAGUGUGUGCCGAGUGCCGCGUGUUCCUGAGGAAGACCCAGGCCUGGAAGUGCACUGUCUGCUUCGAGGACAGAAAUGUGAAAAUCAAAAGUGGACAGUGGUUCUUUGAGGAACGAGCUAAGAAAUUUCCAACGGAAGGCAAACAGGAGACCGCUGGGGCCAAGCUGCUGCAAUCUUAUCGGAAGCUGAGCAAAAUCUCCGUGGUUCCUCCCACACCACCUCCCCACAGUGAAAACCAGUGUGGUAGCUGCUCGGGGAGACUACAGGAUCUUGGUCAGUUUAAAGGAUUUAAUAAGUCGGUGGAAAAUUUGUUUCUGUCUGUUACCACCCACAUGAAAAAGCUCUCCAAGUCCCAGAAUGACAUGACCUCUGACAAACACCUCCUAGCCGCGGGGCAGAGACGGAGCAGGACGGAGAGGAGAAGCCUGUCUGACACGGCCAUCAACGUCACCACCAGGAAGGUCAGCUCACCCGACAUUCUGCAGUCUCUCCACCAAGAACAGCCCAAGCUCUCUUCGGGGCCAGGUUUGAAGCAAGAAGACGGGCCAGCCAGCCCAGUGGCCCAGCCUUUCUCCGCAGCCUUGAGACAUGGGAGUUUAAUUAGCAUCAGCAGCACUUGUACAGAGAUGGGCAAUUUCGACUCCACUCAUGUCACUGGAGAAAUAGAGUUUGCCCUUCGUUACUGCUACAGAACCCACACUUUAGAAAUAAGCAUCAGCGCCUGCAAGAACCUCGCCUUCGGAGAGGAAAGGAAGAAAAAGUGCAAUCCGUAUGUAAAGACCUACCUGCUGCCUGACAGAUCUUCCCAGGGCAAACGCAAGACUAGAGUCCAGAAGAACACCGUGGAUCCGACCUUCCAGGAGACCUUGAAGUACCUGGUGGACCCUGCCCAGCUGCCGUCUCGGCAGCUGCAGGUGUCCGUGUGGCAUCUGGGCACACUCACCCGGCGGGUGUUUCUUGGAGAAGUGCUCCUUCCUCUGGCCACCUGGGACUUCAGAGACCGAGAGGCAAAGGCCUUCGGCUGGUACCUGCUCCAGCCCAAGGCAGAAAAGCGUGAAGACAGCAGCCCGCAGAACAGUGGAGAACUGGCCAUCCGGGCCAGACUGGUCCUCCCCUCGGGUGCUCCGGAAGGAACAGGGAACCAGCAAUCGCUUCAUGGCCAGCUCUGUCUCGUGGUGCUGGGAGCCAAGAACUUACCUGUGCGGUCCGAUGGUACCGUGAACUCGUUCGUUAAGGGCUGCCUCACUCUGCCGGGCCAGCAACAGCUAAGGUUGAAGUCCCCGGUGCUGAAGAAGCAAGCCUGCCCCCAGUGGAAGCACUCCUUCGUCUUCAAUGGGGUGACCACUUCUCAGCUGCAGCGGUCCUGCUUGGAGUUAACUGUUUGGGAUCAGGCCAGCUUUGGCAUGAACGACCGCUUGCUGGGCAGAGCCAGGCUUGGUUCAAAGGAAGAGAAGCCAGCUAGCACUGCGGACUCCUGCUCCCCAUCCAAGCUCCAGUGGCACAAAGUGCUCUCCAACCCCAACCUGUGGACAGACAUGACACUCAUCCUACACUGAAACGGGCUGCGUCCCUGUGGGGCUUCUCCCAGAACCGGGCAGCUGGUCUCGGCUAAAGAGUGGGCGCUCUUCCUCCCCCACUUGGGUUGUGUAGCACAAACGUAUUUAAAUACAGAGCAGUUGUUGACA